CUGUAUAAUUCAAACUUGUAACAAAUUCUGUGAAUUAAUCAAAAACCCUUUGUGUGAAUUUUGUAGGUAUUGGCUCUUAUUAUGUUAUUAAUUAAAACAUAAAGUUUUUUCACAAUAUGCUCUCUGUAUACAAAGAAUGUGCUAAACUGUCAUAACUUGUUACAUCAAGCAUUUUCAUUCUAAUUAUUUUUAUUCAUAAACCAAUUUAGAUAUAAGUAAAUUAUUGUAAAAAUUUCAGGUAGACAUGGUAGUUCUUACAGAUGGCAACCGUAUUCUUGGGCUUGGUGAUCUUGGGGUUCAGGGAAUGGCCAUACCUAUUGGAAAGCUCGAUAUGUAUGUUGCUGCUGCUGGUAUCAAUCCUCAAAGAAUCCUUCCUAUCAUGCUUGAUGUUGGAACUAACAAUCAACAGCUACUACAUAAUCCCCUUUAUAUAGGACUACGACAACCUAGAUUAGAAGGGGAUGAAUAUAUAUCGGUAGUGGAUGAAUUAAUGGAAGCUCUUCAUGCACGUUGGCCAAAGGCUAUUGUCCAGUUUGAAGACUUUCAAUUCAAGUGGGCUUUUGAAACUCUUGAAAGAUACCGGAAGAAGAUCUACAUGUUCAAUGAUGACAUAUAG